AUGACGUCAAGCCAAGGCCACCGAGUUUCCGGCUUCAAAGGAUCUGGCCUCCGCCCUUGCUUAGAUUAUCAACCGCUCGCCGCCUCUGGCCCAGUCCCGGCUUCCGGUCUUGACCCGCCCCAAAAUGAUGGGUUAGCUGGAGGUCAACGGGCCGUGCAACCACUCUCACUGCUUUCGCCGCUUCCGGUUGUGCACGCAUUGACGGAGUCCCCGAUCUCCGCCUACAUGCGAUUCCUCCAGAGUUCAAUCUCAUCUUCUUCUGGUGCUUUGCCACGGUGGAAUAGCUUCGCACAACCCCUAGCAGCAGCAGUCACCACCAGCAUAAUCUUUUGCUGCCUAGUUCGAGCUGGUUUUGGUGGUGGUGAUUGUACCAUAGGUAGAGGAGGUGGGAAUUUAGAUAUUGGAGGUGGGGAGGAGAUUGGUGGCGGAGGUGAGUAUGGUGGUGGAAAAAACUAG